AUGAGUGGCCCCCUUCUUCAGAGGCCUUGGCCAAAAGAGGCAGAUUCUACUAAAUCAUAUAAAAAUAAGCAGAAAUCAUCUGAAUUGAACGUUGGUAAUUCUGACUUCACCUCUGAAAGUAAAGCAAUAAAAUCGCCCGACAAAAGGCGCUUUGAAGAGGUUGAGAUAAAAUUGGAAGAAAUGUUUGCCGGAAUUGAUGAUGAACAGUCCUCCCAUUUAAAUGUUAAGGGAGAUACAUCCACUGCAAACAAGAAAUCCAAUCCUGGAAAUAACAAUGCCGGAGAUGUCAGUGUGACCGAAAAAACUUUGCAGACGAAGGCUGCAGUCAAGUGCACUGAAUAUGCUCUCCCAUCUACAACAAUUAAUUGUUCAAGUCCAUUAAAUGAAAAAUCAAUGGAUGAAAAAAUUGUUUCCAAAUCCAUACAAAAUAAGCUACCACCUAGAAGACCUUCUAUCAGCAUUGAGCAGCAAAUGAACCAUGCGCCCGAGAUACAAAAUGAUUUUAAAUCAAGUGGUCCACACCUCUCCAAGCCGAUAUCAAUGCAAAAGCACGACAAUACGAAUGAUACAAAUUUAAAUGCCAAUACGCUAUCUAAUAACAAAAACAAAAGUGCAGGGAAUAACAAAAAACAAUCCAACGAUACUAAAAUGGACACCAUUACAAAGGCAAAAUCAAAACAUAAAAAAAAUAUGAGAAAUGAGACAGUACAUGGAUCCAUGAAAUGGAAACAACAAAAGUUUAAAACUCGGCAUUUAGGUAACUGCUCAUCCUCUGACCAUGAUAAUGAACCAGAUGAAAAAGUUCAACAUUCCAGAGACAUGGAGAUUAAGUACCGAUCUCCAUUUAUCUUAAUAAAGAGUGAUGGCCAAGUUAGCAUCGUAAAUACGCCUAGUUUCGAUGAAUGCGCAGAUAAAACAAAUAAGCUAAAAAAAACCGGCAGUUAUGAACGAAAGAACGCUAGAGGUACAUAUUCUUCGACACUUAGUAAUAAAUAUGACGCCGAUACGGCAGAUUCAACAUGGAUAUGUGUAUUUUGCAAACGUGGUCCACAUAAGAAAGGUCUUGGCGAUCUGUUUGGUCCUUAUUAUGUGGCUGUAGAUUGCGAUGACUAUAAACAUACAGCAAACAUGAACAUGACCAAUUCCACAAGUGAAUCAAAACACUCAUACAUUGGGACACCAACUAACUACGUUAAUAAUGUUUCUCCCUACUCAAAAAAAGUGACCGCAAAUCAGACAGUAUACGAACCAAUUGUGGUAGAAAAAUUUGGUGGCUAUAGAACUUUGGAAGAUGACUUGAAAUCAAUACGGCAAAAUGGUAUUCAUAACGCAAUGCCCAAUAAUAUUGAAGUAUGGUUCCACGAGGAUUGCGGUGUGUGGGCUCCAAAUCUUUUUUUAGCUGGUUCGCGACUUGUGGGUCUUGAAAGCGCCAUUUGGAACAGUUCAUUUCAUAAAUGCAUACUGUGCGAAAAAAUGGGCGCUACUAUCUGCUGUCUGGAAAGAGAAUGUGAAGAAACUGUGCAUCUAGUUUGUGCUCGUGAAAAUGCAUGGGUCUUAGACGAGAGUAAAUUGUGGUCUCACUGUGCGAAACAUGCGUGA